AUAGGAUAGCGGUGCAGCGUAGAUAAAAGUGUUAUUAAUUAGUGAUACUUAAUUAUUAAAUGUUUUUAAACAAAGAGAUAUCACAUCACAGAGCUCUUUAAUAUUAAAUAAUGGCAUGAUAGAUUCAUAUAAUUAGUGUGAUGCAGAUUUUUGUAUGUUGUAUAUUGUGUAGUGGGUGGUGCUAGUAAAUUGGUACAUUGAACAAAAUGGGUAUCUUAGAAUCGAAAAUGACUCUGGCAGAAAGCAUUCAUGGCACAAACAUCAAUUACAACACCAUGGGCUCCUCAGUUCAAGACCUCGAAUCAAAAUGCGGCAGUAUGGGUACUUUGCCAGAUAUUGAGAAGCCCACAGUUUACAAAAUCAGAUGGCUUAUCUUGGUGAUAUUUGUCUUGUUCUCUGCAUCUAACGCUAUGCAAUGGAUCCAGUAUUCAAUAAUCAGUAAUGUGAUACAACAGUAUUAUGGCGUGUCUACGCAAUGGGUCAACUGGACCUCUUUGAUUUAUAUGACUCUGUACAUUCCGUUUAUAUUUCCUGGGAGUUUUUUGUUAGAAAAAUUGGGCUUAAGACUUGCAAUUACAAUAGGAAUUCUAGGAACGUGUCUAGGAGCAUGGAUAAAAGUAGCCUCAGUAAGUCCAGAUAGAUGGUUAGUGAGUUUUGCCGGACAAACCGUGGUAGCCCUGUCCCAAGUCUUCGUCCUUUCGGUACCAGCAAGAUUAGCUGCAGUUUGGUUUGGCCCGGAUCAAGUGUCCUCUGCAUGCAGUAUUGGAGUUUUUGGCAAUCAGAUCGGUAUUGCGUUGGGAUUUGUAAUUCCCCCAAUGAUAGUUACCGGAGGGGAUCCAGAUGAAAUCACUAAGCAACUUUAUAUUCUUUUUAUUGGCGUAGCUGUACUUACAUCUAUUAUUUUGGUUCUUGUUCUAAUUUUCUUUAAGAACGGACCUCCAACUCCCCCAUCUUAUUCUGCACAACAAGAAGAAAAGGACGAAGUGAGCUUUAUGCAAUCUUUAAAGAACUUGAUUAAGAAUCGAAGUUUUAUGUUACUUCUGGUUGCUUAUGGGAUAAAUGUUGGAGUCUUUUACGCCAUUUCCACUUUAUUAAGUGAAAUAAUUUCAAAGUAUUAUGUGGGGCAUGAUCAAGAUGCUGGACGAAUAGGAUUAGUAAUUACUGUUGCUGGCAUGGUCGGAUCGGUCUGCUGUGGUUAUGUAUUGGAUCGCUUUCGUAAAUUUAAAGAAACUACCAUUGUAGUUUACGCCUUCUCCUUAGCAGGGAUGUUGAUCUUUACCUUUACGCUGGAUAAAGGCCUUUACGUCGUCUACGUUGUCUCCGGCUUAUUAGGAUUCUUCAUGACCGGUCUUUUACCGGUAGGUUUUGAACUCGGCUCAGAAUUAACAUAUCCAGAACCUGAGGGGACACAGGCUGGUCUCCUUAACGCGGCCUCUCAAGUAUUCGGUAUCAGUUUUACCAAUAUUUACUCCGAAUUAUUCCAUAAUGUAAACAGCACAUGGGCAAACUUAUCCAUGUGCAUAGCGUUAGGAAUAGGUCUGUUCCUGCUGACUUUUACUAGUUCGCAUUUGAGGAGACAGGCAGCGCUAACUGCGAAUUCGAAGUAAAUCUGAGAGCUUAGUUUUAUCGCAAUAGAUUUUCGUUACUGUGUUUGUUAUAAGAGUAUUUUAUCUAGUCGCUGGGCUACAUAGAAGACGAAAACUGGUAGAAUUAAGCUAAAAUUUUAUCAAAGCUUUGACACUUAGUGAUAUUUAUAUUGGUUAACUCUGUGAUUAGUGACAUAUAAGGUCAAAGAUAGUUCAAUGUUCAAUCUGUAUUAAAGUAGAUUCUGUUAGUUUGUUAAAAGCAAUAGUUUAUAUUUAAAUAUUUUAAGAAAGAUAAUUUAUAUAUACUAUUUUCUGUGAUGUUGAGAUGAUUUGUUGAGUUGUAUAUAUACAGGGCGGACAAUUAAUAAGCUAUCGCCUAAUAGAAUUUUUUUAAAUCAAAAAUAUAACAAGAAUAAUUAUUUACAAUGUCGUUUACCCCACAAGAUUUUUCGUAAGAAAACACCGAAAUAUUCUAUAAGUUGUUUAUAAAUAAAUGGUAUUUUCGGGUGUUAAAAUAAGUUCUCGUUUAAUGAUUAAAUAAACUUUAAAACUAUUUCAAAACAGGCUCUAUUCUUGGAAUGUAUAAAAUAGUUGUAGAAAUAUUAACUUUUUUCUGCACUACCAGCAAGUAUCAUGAACAUAGCCAAAUAUUGUAAUCUUCCAAGCUUAAAUGGCUAAAAUAACUAGAUAUUUACAUGAAAUCCAUUUUCAACAAGUCCAUCAAUAGCACAGGUCUACAAAAUAAAACUUUUUGAGAGAUGUUUUUAAUUUGAUAAGUGAUUUUAUAUAAAUUUGAUACGCUGAUUUCAAUUUUGUCAUCCAUUUUUAUGCAUCACAUAAGAUAAGAUGCAAAUCACAAAAAAAAAAUAAUAUAAGCCAUAAAUACAAAUACAUCUGUUAAUUUAAGAAAAAUAUCAGUUAAGCUUAAAAUAUAACGUAAUUUUAAUGCUUAAGUUAAUAAAAUCUUCGCGUUUUUGUUAGAAAACUGCGUUUUGUAGAACUUCUACUGUGAAUUUUAUGCGGAUUAUCACGUUGUAGCAUCCAGCAGUAGUCUGCUAUCAUCGAGACACUCCAUCUACCCUGGUAACGCCUUUCCAUCUCUUUAAUAUCUUGAUGGAAACGUUCUCCUUGUUCCUCGCUAACUGCCUCAAGAUUUUCCGGAAAGUGGUUUAGAUGUGCAGAAUAGAAAGUGUACCUUCAAACUCAUGUUCCAACAUUUUCCUGACUAUGUUCUUAUAGUCUGGAUCCUUGUUAUUUCCCAAGAACUUGUCAAUAACUUCUUUAAAUGAGCACCAGGCUUCCUUUUCGAAAGGCGCCGUAGAAUUUUGAAAGUCUUGGUCUCUACAUAAAGCCCUGAUAUCGGGACCUACAAAAACUCCCUCCUUUAAUUUGGCAUGAGACAACUUGGAAAUUUUGCACAAAUAUACUUGAAACAGUUUCCGUUUUUGUCGAGAGCUUUGACAAACUGUUUCAUCAAGCCGAAUUUUAUAUGUAGAGGGGGCGAUAAAAUUUUUUUGUGGUCAACUAAGGUAUUGUACUUUAUAUUUUUGCUUCCCGGCGUAAGGUUUUCUCUUGUAGGCCACUCACCAUUAGUCAGUAGUCCCAUCAUUUUUUCAGUAGUCCCAUUCACAAAUGAAGCACGGAAUUUUAGUAUAUCCUGACUGCUUCCCAAAAAGCAUACAGAGGACUUUCUCGGCAUUUUAUUUUUUCCAAUAGAAGUCUCAAAUUUUCGGAAUUUUCCUUCAGGUGAACAGAAUGAGCAACAGGAACAAAGGCUAGCAUAUUACCGAAGUGUAAUAAAACACAUUUUAGACUUCUUUUACUGGAGUCAAUAAAAAGUCGCCAUUCUUCCUUUUCGUAAGAGGUAGCUGCUAGCUUUAUAACUACUGCAGGUAUAUUGUUACAAUAACUAAGGAGCCUUCUUAAACAAAAUAUGGGCUUAGAUCUUUUUCUCGAUUUCUCUAGUAACUGGUUGAUAUUCCUGGAGCCAGCAAAUUCUUGUCCCGAAGUCUGGAUGCUAGAAGUUCUGAGGCAUCUUUGCGAAGAUUAAGGUCUCUUAUUAAAUCAUUUAAUUUCAUUUGAUUAAAAGUCGAGGUCAGUGGAGUCAACUACAGACUGCUCCAAAUCAGAUAAUAAGACAUUUUCAAUUUCCUUAGGUGGAACAGGUAUGGGUACAUCAGGACCAUCAGGAAUAGGCCUAAUAGCGGAAUCUAGAUUGGUGUAUAAAAUGUGCUUUUUGUUCUUUCCAUUAAAACUUUUUAAAUCGAGGGAACAAAAGUAGCAAUCAUCAGUAUGGCUUUUUGGCUCACGCCACACCAUAGGAACCCCGAAACUCAAUGACUUUUUUGUACCCUUUGUCCAAUUCCUUAAAGCUUCUACACAAAACUUACAUACAAUGUGUAGUGCCCAAGAUUUGUCUUGAUCUCCUAGUUUCACUCCAAAGUAGGCAUAAUACGCAUUACGCACCAGUGAGGUUAUAUUCUGUCUCUGUUUUUUAACCACAAAACUAUCACAAAUAUAACAAAAAUAGUCUGCUUUAUUAACACAGUGUCUCCUUUCCAUGGCUUAAACAAAAACACGAUUACGGAGCACGCAAAACACUCACUCGAACUGUUAAACAAUGACUGGCUUUUACGGUUUUUGUUAAGUUCAGAUACGGCUGCAAGAGCGGACUCGCGGUUUUACGCCAGUUAACAAAUAUUACAAUGUUGCCACAAUUUAAUAUUUUAAUUAGAUAUUUUUAAAAUAUUGGUUUUUGUCAUAUUUAUGCUAAAAAACUUUUUGCAGAAUUUUAUAUUUAAUAUUUUCUUAUAAAAUAAGGAAUUUUAUUAAGAUAUCAGUUUCUGAAAAAUAAGGAUGUGAUACUAUAACUAAGUAUCAUAAUCAUAAUUCUAACUAAGGUCAGUUUUGGAUUUAGGAGGUCAAAAUUAGUUAAGAAGAGAUGUUGAUUCAAAAAUAUCAAUUUUGCUGUAGACCUGUGUAGUUUCAGAAAUAGUUUCUUUGUUAAAUUUUUGAUGGAUUUAUCUAUUAAACGAUAGUUAGUAUUGUGUAAAUUACCCUGUAUAAUAUCCGUGAUACAGGAUGUUUAAAAUCUGUGUACAGAUUUUUAUGGUGAAAGGUUUUAAGAUUAAAAUAAGACUUGACUGAAAACCUGGCUCCUCCGGUCUACCGUGGAUAAUCAAGAAUAAAUUAAUUUUCAAACUAGUAGAGCUCUAAUGGAAUUUGCCAUGCAUAACUUAACCAAGCACCAAGAUAUUGAUUUAAAAUAAGUUUCUUUUUUUGGUCCAUACUAUAAAGGUUCUAAGAUAACUUUUUAAUAUUAAAUUCUUACUAAUAAAUCAAGACAGUGGUUUUGUAAACAAAAAAGUCAUUUUGCUUACUUGCACUUGGUCAGUUAUUGAUUUGGCGCUUCUUCUUUGGCGGGUCAAGUUAUGCAUAACGUGGUUCAAAUGAUCUAUAAAAAUGCCCUUUAAAUCUUUAUAUAGGAUUUUAAACAAACUGUAGCUGUAUAAAAGAAAAGUAAUCAUGACCUAACACUGUCUUUAUUAUGAAGUUUUAACUGCCAAUAGGUUCUAAUGGGUCAAAGUUAUUGAGGCGAGUUAAUCGUAAAAUGCAGGGAAAAUAAUAUAUUAAAAAAAAGAAUGUAUUAAGGAAAGGAUAUGUUUAUUUUAAUGUUAGCUUUAGGAUUCAUACGUUGCUCAUUUUAAUAUUUCUAAGGGUUGUAUUUAAGGAAAGGUUCGAGUUUGUUAACUGCUCUCAUAUCAUUUAUAAGAUUGAGAUGUAUUUUUAAAACACUUUUACAAAGCCAAUGAUUCCAAGACAAUAAUUUUUACAUGUGACAAAUUUUAAUGAAUGAAAACAUAUCGGUUUUUAUUAAUGGAAAAAUGUACAUAUCUUUUUUGCGGUAUAUAUAAUAAAGAUUAUACUAUUUAUUAAUUUGCAUUGUAGACAAUAAUUUUGCAAAAAUACUAUUAGCCUAUCAUCAUCAAAUAUUUGUAAAAUGAUGCAUUUUAAGGCCUUUUUUGUUAAAAAAAAACUAAUAAAUUUUAAAAAAAUCA